AGGUAUUAUUUUAGGUAUUCACUCCUCCUUCCCCAUACGAUGACAGCUCUGCACUGAGUGUUCUGGAGGAGGGAGGUGUGUGGAGCUAUGAGUGUACGGGGUGCUAAGGUCAAGCCUGUGGCCUAAAAAGGCAGCAGCGGCAAGCAGCGGCUCUAAGAAUAACUCAGAUGAUGCACGUCACAAACACUGUGAAAAUGGUCGGGGAUUGGGUUGUUUUUUAUCAACCAAACAACAUUCAGUGUCUACAUGAGAGUUUCAAUGACUUUGAUUUAGAAGUGCAGUCAAGCUGCAGUUGUCACCAUGUGACGUUGUCAUAGUAGCUGCUGGGACAAAGCGACGUCUCACUUGCCCCUCCCAAAAUCUAAUUUUGUUGUACUGAAAGGGGGCUGGGUUCAGUCUGAGGCAGCCCCAAAGGGCAAAUACACCCUCAUCCCGGUCUCCGUCUGUGCCACCAGCCCCUGGACCACCUUGCUCCAGCUUGCAACCAUCAGGUUGUGUUGUCUCGCGGGGGAAGGGGUGAAGAAUGCCAAGUUUUGGAGGCAAAGAGUGAAACACACACUUUGGAUUAAACGCUGGGAUUAAAUCUCACACAGGAGGGAACUUUUAAUGACGACUUUUAGCUGAGAGCAAUGACUGAAGCAGAAGCGAGGUCGUCUUCCACAACCACAACCAUGGUUAUUGACGGUAAGAACGGAGACGCUGGAACUCCGUCCGUCCACCUGUCCAAGAAGACAUUCACCGAUGACUUGUACUCAACAUUCAGCUCGCCACUGGCCUGGAUCCUGGUCCUGGCCCUCAUCAUUACGUGGUCGUGUGUCUUUGUCAUCAUGUUUGACCUGACUGACUACAAAACCAUCUCAGGUGGCCUCAGCAGGAUCGGCUCUGACCCCAUAAAGGCCGUCAACGACGUGGUGGAGAAGUCCACCAACUUGGUCAGCGCAAUAUUGAAGUUUGCUGCCAGCCUUGUUGCCCCUGAGGAUGACGAUGGAAAUCUUUACGCCGUGAGGAAAAAAGAGUCAACUUGGUUGGAGGAGGAGGAAGAGCAAGUGGAGAGGAAGCUUAAGAGAAAAAAAGGAGAGUUUCUACCAUCACGAAGUAAAGUUAUUGGCAUGCAAGUGAAGAAGUCGCGGCCAGCGGUUGAGGUGGUCUACGAAGACGAUGAGGGAGAGGAUGAGGAGGCUCCUGGGCAGGAGGAAGAAGAAGAUGCCCAGGAAGAUGAAGAGGACCUUGAGGAGAAAGAUGAGGAGUCUGCAGAGGAACUAGAGGAGGAUGAGGGGUACGAGGUGGAGGAGGAAGAGUAUGAGGAGGAGGAAGAAGAGGAGGGAGCUGAAGAAGAUGAAGGAACUGGUGUGGAGGAACAGGAGGAGGUAGAAGCUGCAAAAGAAGAUGUUGACGAUGACGAAGAGGAGGACAGGGGAGGUAAAGAAGACGACGCGGUUGGUGAGGAAGAAGAGGAGAUGAUGGAGGAUGAGGAGGAGGAAGCUGCAGUAGAAGAAAGAGUUGAAGAAGAAAAGGAGGGGGUAGAGGUGGUGGAGGAGGAAGAGGAAGAGGAGGGAGUUGAAGCAGCUGUAGAUGAUAGUAAAGUGAAGGAGGAGGAGUUGGAAGAUGGCAGAGAAGAAGAUGAGGCUCACCAAGAUGAAGAUGCGUCAGCCAAAGACAGUGGUGAUGAGGAGGGAGCAGACACUAUUGAUGAAGAUGACAAAGAAGAAGAAGCUGAGCAGCAUGAAGAAGACGUUCCCUCCUUUGAAGAGGAAGAGUCAGCCGUUCCUCUAGAGGAUGGGGAUGCUGAUGAAGAUGUGUCUGCCAAGGAGGAUGAUGAUGAAGACGAGGCUUCUUUCACUGACAUCUCACAGUCUGUGCUUCUCCCUAGCUACGAAGAGGAUAGCGAUGAAAUCACUGUAGGAGAGGAGCCCUAUCUUCAUCCUACUGAUGAUGACAACGAUGGUGAUGAUGAGGUGCUCCUUCACAAAGUUUUGGAAGAUUACAUUAAAGCUGGUGAGGAUGAUGAAGAUGUCCUUUCUGACGCAACUCAUGAAGAGAAAGAGGAAGAUUUUGAUGUGUUGGCCAGUCUUCACAUUGACGUCUAUGACCUCAACAACAAAGAUGAUGAUGAAGAGGAGGAGGAAAGUGGCCUUCCUCCCUUUGAGAGCAGUGACACCUUGGCUGAUGAUGAUGAUGAUGAUGUUGAUGAGGAAGAGAAGGAAAGUAUCCUUCCUCCAUUUGAGAGCAGUGACACCUUGGCUGAUGACGAUGAUGAUGAGGAGAAGGAAAGUGAACUAGAGGUCAUGCCGUCAUUGGACAGUGAUGAAGGUCACCUUGAAGAUGACAUCACACCAGAGUCUCAUCAAGAGGAAGAGGAUGAUGAUGGUGAAGAGGACUUGCUGUCAGUUGGUGUUCAGCAUGUUGCUGUUCAUGUGGAUGAUGAUUCCAUAGUGGAGCACCUCCCACUGGAAGAUGAAGAUGAAAAACAAGAAGAAAAAGCCAAGGCAGGCAAAUCAGAGGAUGAAGCACCUGCAGUGUGUCCGUGCAUGAGUGCUACUGCUACAAAGACCAAAAUGUCUGCUGCCAGGACCUCUGAGAAGAUAGAAGCUUCCAGGAGGAUCUCUGCUGUGAAGAGAAAAGAUCAUAAAGCAGUGAGGAGCACAGGACGAUCAUAUGACGAACCAAGGAGAACAGCUCUUCCCAGAAUUGCGAGUUUGGAGCCAAAAAUGAGACGGAUCAGGAGAAUUCCGGCUCUUCUUAAAGUCAAAAGAGAAGAAAAGCCCAAGAAGACCAAAGCAGAGCAACCUAAUGAGAAGCAACGUCCAAAACCAGCAAAGGUUCCAGAACCACAACAAGAUGUUAGUCCUUGCAGACCAGCACCUGUCUACUGGCCAUCCCCUCCUGGCUGGUAUGUUCAUCAGAUUGUCACAGACAACCCGUACCCACCUCCAACCGGAUCAGGGUCUGCUGCGCCGGUUCUAACCGCGAUGCAUCCCGCUGCCCCGCCCAUGCAGCCGCUUUAUCACCACCAACCAAUGAUGCCGCCGUUUUACAACCAGUAUCAGCCCUAUCUUCAGCCUGUACCACCUGCCAUGCAGCAGACACCAGAACCAGUGCCACCGGUCCAACAAGCUGAGCCAGUACAACAAUUGCAGCCAGUCCAGACAUCAGAACCUGUGCAACAUGCGGAACCAGUGAUGUCAGUCCAACCAUCAGAACCUGUGCAAUCAGUCCAACAAGUUGAACCAGUAAAGCCAGUCCAACCAUCAGAAUCUGUGCAGCCAGUCCAACAAGUUGAACCAGUAAAUCCACUCCAACCAUCAGAACCUGUGCAACUAGUCCAACAAGUUGAACCAGUAAAGCCAGUCCAACCAUCAGAACUUGUGCAGCCAGUCCAAUCCGUUGAACCUGUCCAACCAGUAGCCACAGAACAAGCCCUGCCCACUCAGCCUCAUGUUCAGACUCCGACCACUGAAGCUCCGCCUGCUGUGGUGAAAGAACCUGAAGCAGAACCAGAAGCAGACAAGGUUCAAGAAGACACGGGAAAGAAAGCUGCUAAGAAGAAGAAGAGGAUAAGGACCACUGAUGCGAUUGAAGAUGGUACUCUUACCAAAAACAAAGUCGCAACUACAAAGAAAGCUCCAAAGGUGUCAAAGAGAGAAGCGACAAGUACGCGACCCAUGAGAAGCUCCGCCUCCUCAAAACCGGAUGUUGUCAAGAGCAGAGUCAGGUCCUCUGCUAGCAAAAAAGCUCCAGAAGCACUACCACGCCUGCAUUCUACCAAACUGAGGACCAGACUGGACCCUGACAGGACUGGCAACGUGACCAUGCAGGUCAAAAAGGACAAACUUGCCAAAUCUUCAUCAUCAGAACCAACCAAGACCAGAACAACAUUAUUGCCAGGCAAAAAAAAUAAAGGAGAGAAGCAGCCUCCACAAGCAAAAAAGUCAAAAACAGAAGAUGAGCCUACAAAGAAGAAAUCAGGUCAACGAUACUUCCAGUGUAUUUACGUCCCCGGCAAAAACGCACAGUACCCCCUGCGACCUUUUACUCCGGCCAUGUCCCCCGCUGUCAUCAGGUCCAUGCUGGAGCAGCAGAAAGCCGCCAGGACGUCAGGACAGUAACUUGGACCCCCCUUAAGGAUAAGGUGGGGAAGGUGGGGUUGUAGAAAGGACUUGUUUACACUCAGACCAACAACAAGUGGACAGAACUACUAGCCUAUUUAUAUAUUGUUUAAGUAACCAUCAUUAUCGCCAUUGGCAUUUACAACAUUAACGGCUACACUUCAACAUACCAAAAGAACAUUAAAGGGGCUGUUUGUAACAUUUACACAGAUGCCUAGAGGGCGCUAACUUUCCAAUGUAUUUUACACAGUGUAUCCCGCCCUCUUCCGGCUCCUCGUACCUAAUGACGUAACUACGUAUGUAUGUAACACAUGUGCGCACAUUAGCAUGAUGUGUUGUUAGCUAAUAAUAGCGAUUGUAUAUUCUAUCAUAAUCAGAAUCAGAAAUACUUUGAUAAUCCCCGAGGGAAAAUUAAGAUUUUUCAGCACAAUCCCAUUCAAGAGCAGACAAACAUUACAGGGAGACAGAACAGGAUCGCUGACGGGUCUGCCAACAUCCGGCGCCCCGUACAAAAAAGGUGAGAAACAGGUAUACGUUGGGGGAUGGGUGAGAAAAAAAAAUUCAGUCUAAGCCUGGGCCCCUGGAGAGUGAGUCCAGACUGAGGCCAAGGAAAAAAUUAAAAAAUAAACAUCAUAGCCAUAGCACACAUAAGCAUGUGUGUAAGACGGAAACAUCAAACUUCAAAGAACACAAAGGACAUUAAAGACAUUAAAAGAGCAUAGCUGAUGCAACCAGCCACUUCUACACACAGCCACAAAAGUAAAAAAAAAAAGUAAAAUAAAACAUAUACACUGUGGUGGCCUCUGCGGUGUUCCACGCCAUCGUCUGCUGGGGUGGGGGGAGAAUGGCCAGAGACAGGAGCAGACCCAACAAAGCAACCAAGAGAGCCGACUCCACCCUCGGCCGCCCAUCAACUCUCAGCCAGUGUCCAGUCCGCAUGGACAUAACAACAUGACAUCAAAUUGUUCGUAGCUUCUCUUAGACUGCUUUUGUAUGUACGUGUUGAUGAGACAGGGUGAGUGACCAUCGUAAACACCAAUCACUUUAAUCGGGCCGGUAAAAAAUUUUACUACACAAACUUAGUAAUUGUGAAAAAUAUAUAUCCGUUAGAACACAAUCAUGCUCUGUUAAACCACUAAUGGUAACACAAGCUAGCCAAUGGUGUGUCGGUUAUGUUUUGCUUUUACAUUUUUUACAGUUAGCAAGUUGCACACAGCCCCUUUAAGUACACUUAAACAUGUUUAGUGGCAUAAAUCAGUCUACAAUCAGAUCUAUGAUGCUAGCUUACCAAAAUAGUGUCAACAUUUCCUUUUUAAAACAUGUUUUGAUACAAGAAAAAUGGACGCUCUACCCUUCUUACCGCCUGAUGUGCUCCAACACCACGCACGCAGACAACAGACUUGACGAUGCACCAUAACAACGGAAAUAGCAACAACCAUUUCCUGGUCAUGUGACAUAUUUGCACCACUUGUUGCUAGGCAGGAUUCAUGGGGCACAACUAUCUAAUUUAACAGGCAGAUGCAUACAGUCACUACGCUGUUUCCUUAGGAACAUGGCGCAGAAAGGCUCUUGCGCACAAUACGGAGCAGAGAAAGGACAAGGAGAGAUGGCAGGAACCUAUUACAAAACUAACACUACGAGGACACUCUGCGAUUAAUUGAGGCACGUCCAGCUGCAGUGUUAGCAUAAGCAUUAUUUUGACCUUAACGAUUAUGUGACCAACUAGUGAGACAACGUGAUGCCUACCCAUGUCGUGCUUAUUAGCCACGGCAUAAGCACGCCGGUUGAUGAUCACGCUUUACCUCACUUUGGCGUCUACAUGGAGGCAACACGGCUAGCGUUCAGUAUCGCCACGCUGUGUUUGCCAUGGAUCGAUGUCUUAUUUGGUGAAAACCUUCAAAGGAAGCAAGACGGUUUAAAUCUUUUGAUGACCUCAGUGUGUUUACUUAGCACUGGUCACAUCUGUUGCUAUGGUGACGUGAGGUCAUAGAUCAACUUUCCAAGUCUUAAGGUGUGCAUGGACUUGAUGAUGAGGAUGCAGGUUUAACACAGGUGCACGUUCAUAUUUUGACAUAUUUCCUCUUUGACUUGACAGAUUAGCGGUUAGCGUGUAAGCUAACUACCAGACUCUGUGAUUGACAUCCAAACACGGGACAGAGAGUCCGCUAAAUGAAAGAAGAACAUUUUUUGUGUUUGAUUUGUCAUAAUUGCAGCAAGGACACUUUUAGAUUUUUAAUUGUGUUCCUGUUCGGUUCUUUAAAUCAUUUUUGGAAUGCUAUUUUAGAUUAGCAUUUUGCUAUCUAGCACGAGUUAAGCAGGGUUUUUACUGUGCUGCUUCAUGUGUUUUGGGGGUCACAAAAAGUUCACUUUUGUGUGAAUUUUAUGAUGAAUUUUACAUGAUUUAGUGGGAAUCUUUGGCCUUAGGACUUGCUUUCCUUUCAUUUGUCCUUCUAAUGAGAAUAACAAUACUGUAAUAAUAAUAAUGUAAUGAUAAUGAUGAUGGAGCCGUGGAGCGUGUGAAUCCAGUUGUGAAUAAUUCUAUUUCAUAGAAACUUUAUAGAAUAAGUAAUUUAUAAAUAAGUUGUGAGAUUAUUUCUAUGGUUUAAGUAUCACUAACAACUCAAAUUGUGCUCAAACCAAAACAACAUUUGUAAUGAUUACAAUGCCAUGUCAUGUUUACUCACACACACUUUAUGACUAAGCAGUUUAUUGGGAUGAUCAACAUUGUCCAAUAUGUUCAUGAUUUUUUUUCUCCACAAUCAUAACUUUUUUGUUAUUCACACAGCAGAACAUUCUUCAUUCAAUAAAAGUGAGUCUACUUGGA